AGGAAAGUGAAUGUUGGGGAGUUUUUGCAGCAGCGAGUGGCGGCGCAGAUUAAACAACUUCUCCCGCUGAGUGUGAUUAUAAUAAUAAGGCAGAUGUUCCGGCGCAGAUUAAACUUCUUCUCCCGCUGAGUGUGAUUAUAAUAAUAAGGCAGAUUAAAGGACUGAGUGUGAUAUAUGCAGAGUACUGCCCUGCUGACUAAACCUUAAGAAGUGCUGGUGGUGCCGUCUCACACAUGACGUCCUCCUGUGUCCUCUUCGUAAUCACGAUCACGUCCAUCACUACACCUGUAUCAGCUGUUCCUACAGUACGGGUGAAGUUUAAUCAGGCUGCUGCUCUGCCAUGUGAACGGACCUGUUCUUAUGAGGCCACAUGGACUUCGCUCAGUAACAAUCAGGUAGUGGCUCAGUGCAAUCAGACAUCCUGCCGGUCAGAGGAGGGAUUUAAAAUGUCCCAUGAUGAGUACCUGAAGGGAAAUCUCACCCUCACCAUCCCUGCAGCUGAUUUCAGUCAGAGGAAACUGUACACGUGUCGGUGUGAUGGAAAAGCCGUUAAUGAUGUGCGACUCAGCAUCGACAGACAGAGCUCAUUAGUUCAGCUGAAGCCUGGUGAAGAUCUGCUGCUGGAUUUGCACGUAUCAGAGCGAGUGGAGGUGAUCUAUUACCACAGAGAUUCAGAUGAACAGAUCUGCAGUGUGGACAGACGCUCACUCCACUGUACAGCUGAAUACACCUCGAGAACAUCACUCACUAACACGGUUCUCACACUGAGAGGAGUCCGGUCGACUGAUGGGGGAGUUUACAUCGUCCGAGAUCCGGAGAAGGAGGAAGACCUUCAUAUUUACGCAGUCAGUGUUGAAGCUCCAGGACCAGAGAGUGGUGGGACACCAGUGUGGGUGUUUGUGGUGGUGGCGGUGGUGGCGGCGGUGGUGGCGUGGAUGGUGUUGGGGAUGAUGAUUGGUGUUGUGCUGUAUGUGAAGCGAAGACGACGACGACGAAGAGCAGAUUCGAACAGCUCACCAGAGGCAGAACGGCUAAACACGGGGACUUUAGAAGAUCAUUUCAUACAGCAGGCUAAUAAUGGAGUAGAAGGAAGGCAGACGUCUACAGCUGUAAACGGAACCAUAGGACUGGCAGAGUUGGCUGAUGUCCCACAAAUGGACAGUAGAGCAGAGAGAGGGCAGAGAUCAAACAGCCCCACAGCAGUUCAGCGUGUGGACAACUGGGUGAAAGUGUCAUUUAAGUGCAAACGGUGCAACUAUAGGAAAGAUGAAGUACAUUAUACAGUUUAGAGAUUCUACAGCUAAUGACUUGUAUGAAAGAGCUGAACAACUCUGCACAGCAACAUCAGUAUUUUAGUGGUGGAACAGGUGUGUGUGUGUAUGUAUAUACAGUGGUGCUUGAAAAUUUGUGAACCCUUUAGAAUUUUCUGCCCUGAAAGGCGCCUUAAAUAAAAUGUAUUAUUAGUGUGCUUGAAAAAGCACACUAUUGUUCUUAAGUUUUAUUAUUAUUCAUUUUCACCCGUUUUUUGGAUCCACUCCUCCUCCUAGGGCUUUUGAGAUAGACAUCGUUCCAAUGCUGAAACGUAGGGCCCGAUCUGGAAUGGUGUGCUUGUUAAAAUGGUUGCACUACCCCUUGUCGUUCGUCCGGUAUUCCCAUUUUUCGGUAAAAUUCCGUGCCAUUGAAAUGAAUGGGAGUGAUGACGUCAUAAGGAGCGCCCCCACUCUAGACGUUAGAGCGCGCGCAGCAGAAAAAACAAAAUUAAAACUGCGAUUUUACAGCCAGAAUCCAUGUUUUAAACCCUGUAAAACCUCUGAAUUAAAUUGAAGAACAUAUAAAAGGGUGGAGAGGAGAUUUCACUGCGCGAAGCGUCUCCCUUCAAAAUGCUGUGAGAGAGUGUGACGGGCUGAGCCGCGACGCUGACAGAGCGCAUGCGCAGGCAGCCAUGUGCCGCCAUUUUUAAAUCUCUGCUGUCCUGUCGCUGUUCUCAUUGCCACCACCGUAUGCACUGUUGAAUCUUUGUCGAGUAUCAAAAAUUAAAAUAAUUCACACUGGCUGUUAAAACUUUUGUUAUUUCAACUCCGGGAGCAAUUCCCUCACCAGGCAUUCAAAACGCUCUUCCGGGUCUCGUUUGGGGAAACAGAUGGACUGUUCCACUGGGGGGGAUAGAGGGGUGUCCCGGGUUCUUUAUGGGGCAGUCCAUUGUGCUGGGGGUGUUUUAGGGGUAAUUAAAUCAUUUUCCUCAAUAAAUAAAUGACCAAGUAAAAUAUUUUUCUCAUUUGUUUAACUGGGUUCUCUUUAUCUACUUUUAGUACUUGUGUGAAAAUCUGAUGAUGUUUUAGGUCAUAUUUAUGCAGAAAUAUAGAAAAUUCUAAAGGGUUCACAAACUUUCAAGCACCACUGUAUGUGUGUAUAUAUAUAUAUGUGUGUGUGUGUGUGUGUGUGUGUGUG